UGGUAUGAAACUCCAGCGUCAGACCGCUCAGCUGCAGCGUCCAAUCAAAUAACAAAUCAACAGUGAGGGGGCGUGUCCAGCGUGCUCGUGGCUCCUCCGAUUUGGGAUGCACCCAUAGAAGAAAACAUGCCAAAACGUCAGACGUCGUUCAACCCAGAAUGGACCAAAGAACAUGGUUUUAUUUCAAAAAGCAGUCGAGACUCCUUUCAUGGCUUCUGCACUCUCUGUUGCUGUGAUGUUGACAUAAGCAGUCAGGGUAAAGCUGCCAUUGAAAGACAUGCGGGAACAGAGAAGCAUAAAGGUAACAGACGUGCAGCAGGUGUCUCUUCACUCAAAACAUUUUUUCGAGAAGCUACGUCGCCAUUGGAUGACAAAAUCUCCGCUGCUGAGCUGUAUAAGGUUUACCAUGCUGUAAAGCACCACCAGUCGUACCGGGGUGUAGACUGCAGCGUGAAGGUGGACCGAGAGAUAUUUUGUGAUUCGCCCAUAGCUAAGGGGAUGGCGUGUGGCCGAACUAAAGCCCAGGCAUUGUGUGCGAAUGUCCUAGCGCCCUACUCUGUACAGGUACAUACAGAUUACAUCAAAGCAAACAAUUUGCCCUUUUCAGUGGCAACCGACGCAUCAAACAAAGGUACAACCAAGUGUUUCCCAAUUGUGCUGAGAUAUUUGCACUUUGAGGAAGGUGUACAAAAUGCCCUGUUGGAUUUUUACAGUGACAGCAACUAAACUUCAGAGGCUAUAACAAACCAGCUGCUGGUUAAACUGGAGAUGUCUGGUCUAGAUGUGAAAUACAUGUCUGCAUAUGUAGCAGACAACGGCAGUGUCAACUAUGGAAAACACAACAGUGUUUAUCAGAAGUUGAAACUGACUCAGAAGGAUGUGCUACCUGCAAACUGUUUAGCCCAUAUUCUGCACAAUGCAACACGAUAUGCAGCAGGCAGCCUGGAUUUUGAUGUUGAAAAUGCUGUGCUCAAGGUUUACAGCCAUUUUAGCAUCUCAGCAAGCAGAACAGCACAGUUGAAGGAAUUCUGUGAGUUUGUGGAAGCGGAAGAAUGCAAUCUGCUGCGGCAUGUCGUCACAAGGUGGUUGUCCCUGCUUCCAUCUAUUGACAGAAUGCUGAAGUAUUGGAAGCCACUGACCAGCUACUUUCAGAGUGAAGGUGAGGAGGAAUGCACCAAGAUUUUGUGGAAAUGUUUUGGAGAGGAAAGCACUGAAGUGUCUGAGACAUAUUUUCUUUUCCUCAGUCACAUUCUAAAGGUGUUUUCAGACAGCAUUGAAGCACUUGAGGCCAAAUCAUUCAGCAUUACAUCUGUGUUCAAGCUGAUGACUGAAUUGAAACAGAAACUUGAGAGAAGGCUGAAGGACAGGUUCUUUGGCUUUACUGUGAACAGCAAACUCAAGCAGCUACCAGCUUACCUUGCAAAGAAAUGUGAGACAUAUUUUCUUGUUUUCUGUGAAAGAGCAAAGAAAUACAUAAGUGACAGAUACGACUUCUCUGAGACCAGCUUUCAUAGCAAAGUGGCAAAGCUUGGUCUCACAACUGCUGUGCCAUAUGAAGAAUACAGUGAUGCUAUCCAGGCCUGCAAUCUGACAUCUGAAUCAAGACAUUGAUGUGGAUGGACUGUAUGAGGAAUAUGCCAUGGUGGAAGCUUCCUUCAGCUCUCCAAAAAUGGAAGGUUGCCACAGUGAGGAGCGAUAUCUGAAACUGUUUUCCAAAGCAGAUGUACCACUCGUGAAUCUCAGGAAGGUCAGCGCCUACAUUUUCUCCAUCCCAUGCAGCAAUGCACACACAGAACGAGUCUUUUCAAUGAUGACAUCUGCAUGGAGAAACGAGAGGAAUCGGCUGGAGGUGGACAGUGUCAAGGCUGAGCUGCAAGUUUGUGUCAAUUUCACCUUUCCCUGCACAGACGUGUACAAGAAGUUCCUUGGAGACAAAAAACUCUUGGAUGCAGCAAGGAAAAAUCUGAAGUAUUGCAAAUAGAGAAUCAACUAUUUGGUGAGUACACUAGUCUUAUGUUUUAUUUCCCAAACAGACAUACACUAUGUUGUGUCGGUGGCAUCCACUUGAUAUUAUGCAGUUUGUUUGCUGUGUAUUUAAUUGAGCAAAUAUAGGCUACUAAUUUCCUGUAGGAAGCUCUUAAGCCAAAUUGAUUUCUAAUGCAGCAUUUUGAUUUUAUGAAUGGGCUACAUAUAAUAUGAAUAUUCAUUGGAUUUAAAACAAUACAGAUUUUUGAAUGCUGAUAACAGUAUUGUUGCUUUGUUAUGUGUCCCUGCAGGAGAUGAACAGGCCCAGGCGCGGUGGGGGCUUGGCGACCAUGAUGACCGAGGUGCUGUUGAGCUUCUGCUGAGGGUGAAGGUGGAGUUUGCUUGAAUACAAGUGGACUGCUGCACACAUACACAGAUGAAGACACUGCACACAAGUCCCCAAUAGACUGAAUCACUUUAGAAAUUCUUUACUUUUUGAGCCAUUAAAUGUUAACCAAAUUUGUUUGGUUUUCUUUAUGCUUUUAAAACAUUAAUUUAUCUGUUUAUUAUUUAUUAUUUAUGUGACCUGUGAUUUAAUUUGUACAUUUUAAGACCACAAAUGUUAUGCUUUGUGGCACUCAGCACAGUGGUCAGUUUUUGAACACCACAAUGGAUUGAAUAAAUACAAAUACUGUGAACAAACACUUUUUGACUCUUUCAGAGUCAAAAAGUUACACAUACACAUACAUCAUGUAGCAAUCACACAAAGUUGUAUUGUAGAGGGGAGCACGCCAGAGUCCUAUGCAAUUAUUCACAGCUUCACUAAAUACCGCAGAGUGUCCUCCUUUUUGGUGUUAUGGAUCUGGUCACCCUAUGUUGCACGCCGUUACCUGGUAGUGGUGGGGGGGUUGCGGCUCUCAUGUCAACCAAAUCCACGUUUACCCAGAAAUCAAAAAACGAAUUAAGUAUUUUCAUCGCUAACGGAGCUAACAAAGCUAACAGCGCUAACAGUGCAAUCUACAGCGGAAGUGCUGACAGAGCUAACUGUGUCUACCUGAGGGGGACCCGGAGGGGGGGGGGGGUCGUUUGCAGCUAUGUCAAUGUUAGGAAUGUGAAAUAGAGGUCCUUUCAUGACUAGAGAGGCUGCUUUCAGUUAUUGCAAACAUUUCCAUGCAACGCUGCCCUGCAUAUCGUUUAGAGCGUUGUUUGCGUACAUAGUCAGUGUACGUAAGCUAGUAUAUCUCCAGCCUCAGGCGGACGACGGAGGCUACAAUUAUAACUUGAAAGCGUCUGCUCUCGACAGCGGCAGAGUCGCAGCACAGAGCAGCGACGUGCCAGGAGAUUUGGCGUUCUAGUUGUAGUGCGGACCUGAUCGCGGCUACUCCAGAACAAAUGCUUUUGAUCCAACCAGAAGCGCUGCUGUCGCAAACGUCGCGCGACGCGAACACGAGGCUCCUGGGUGAAAGUCGUAAGUCGUGAAAGUAGGUCACUCGCUCUUCCUUUCGUUGAGCGUAGCGCGUUAUUCUACAUCACUAGCACUGAGCGUAGCAUAUUCACGCAGAUGGGUUUAUGUCACAGAGCGACGUUGUGAUAGCAUACGAAUCGACUGAAGAAAAUGGCGAGUCAAUCACUCGCCAUGUUGGUGAAACCAGGCGGGCAACAUUCUUCCAACGUUGAAGAUGAAAGCGAGGGCUCUACAGACAGUCUUCGAUCAACAUCUUUGCUUCUAAAAUGUUCUGUGUAAUUGGCAACACUGGUGAUGUCAUUAAAUGUCCUCACCCUGACUUUCCUACAAUUAGCUGAAGGACGCUGAAGAGAUGGUGAUAAUUCUCUGUCACUACAAUCGACUCCUUUCAGAUAAUGCACCGCGGACAGAAGAAGAGGAGAGAUGAAAUAAUGAUGAGAUGUAGAUUAUCCAUCCCCGGGGGGAGGGGGAGGAGUUAUUUUUAUCAUCUGCAGUUUUUACUAAAAUAUAUGAGCACGUCAUGAGCAAAAGAAGAGAUACAUGUGGUCACUUCUGUUGUUGUUGGUGUGUGUUUGUGUGUGAGAGCAGAGGUGAAGAUGUACGCGUCUCCUCCAUUCAUUGAAGCCGGUGAGGACAGGUUGCUGUGGUGAAAUGUCACGCAGGAGAAGCGCCUCGCCUUUCCAGGGUUGCACGCAGGCUUAUGUGCAUACCUGCAAAUAGCCUUCCUUCCGAGAGAGUGUUUUUGUGCCAGCGGGCACAUUCUCACACCUCAACGAGCAGAGCCAGGAAGAGUUUGAGCAUGCUGACAUUUUUUGCACUUCAAUCUGUCUUGAAAAGGACCAAGGUUUGGCACGUCUCACUCUCUAGGCCACAGGGCAAAGCAGUACUGUUUGGUGACAGAAAAGUGCCACAGUGUUCAGGUUAUUUCUUUUUUUUUUUACUUCAAAAGGGUCCAAAUAAUAGUAGUUUGACUGUAUGCCGCAAUGCCAGUUGGACUUUAUUUUUGUUGUAAUGCUUGUAUUUCUGUAAAAAGAUAAUUGCUGUAUUUCUUCAGUGAAGGGUAAAUUAUACAGAUGCAAUUGAUUAAAUAGUUUUCUGUACCAUUUGACAUAAUGAAGUGGAAAAUAGAGCCUAAUUUAAAAGAAUACAGCAAUUAUCAUAAAACAUUGUUUUUAUAAAUUAAUGAAUUUCUUCUUUAUUUUUGCAGGGGGACAUUAUGAUUUAUAAUGACCUUAUUUAUGUUUGUUUUUCAAAUAAGACGUUAACUAGAAAAAUGGAUGUGUACUGUGUCCCAUCUGUGCGAUUAAAAAGUAUUUCAUUCUUCACAAAGAAAUUAUGUUUUAGAGACAUUUUUUAAGUUUGAAGCACAUUUCGAUGAUUAUCCGGAGAGCAUCGUGAGUCACAAUCAUUUUGGCCAUGAUGAUGGUCACACAUUCACUGAUAUCACUUUAGCAGCUUCAUCACUUAAAGCUGCCAAAGUGAUAUAAGUGAAAAAAAACUAUUUAAAAGUAAACUUUCAAAUUUGUUGAUGUCACACAUUUGUCCUCGACUUGAAGACUAUGCUGUAAUAUCUUAUGUUUUGUGUAAUUUUUAUUGCACCUGUAGCUCUUAGCAGAAAACAUGUUGGAAGUGGCACCGACCCACGUAACGCACCAUUUAUGUAUUUAUGAAAGUGCGUCGCAGUAUGUCUCCUGUGCACUGCCUCAGCUACCAGCUGUGUGCGCUUGUGAAGAUGAUUUGGUCCCAUUUAGUUUGAAAGAAUAUUUCAAAGUUUCAUUUUUAAUGAGAAAUAGAACAGACCACAACAACAUUCAGCAUCGUCUUAUAAAAGCUCUUUCCUCCCGGCCAAUGUGUCUCUGCUCUCAGCGAAGAAUAUUGUUUUUUUAAACCUACACGACUGCAGUUCUCAUCUGCGCUGCUUCCUAAUGAGCCUGCAUAAGUGAGGAUGCGUCGAGCCGGACUGCAUCCAAAUAUGAAAUGUGAGCCCCCUGAUGGAAGCGGGGGCUGAAUUAGUAAUAGAAAGCAGAGAUGGCUCGGCUGUGUCUGUGGAGAAGGGCAACAAAAGCUCUCAGCAGCCGUCGCUCUCUGAAUCCCCAACAUUCUUCGACGCAAGUUCAUUGCGCAUUAAUGAAUUUCCAGGAAAAGAAAACUGUUCUGUCAUUGUUAUUCAUUCAUCAUCCUAAAGUAUAACUUCUGCUUGUAAGUUUUAGUGCAAUGUUUGAUAUGAAAUGUUUUUUUCUGACUCAUUGCUGCUCAGCAUCUGUCACUAACUGAAAUGCAUGAGGUGAUGAAAUAUUGAUUGACAACGAUGAAGGUACAACAUGAGAUUAUUGUUUACUUGCUCUAUUACAUCUUGGUCAGUUUGCCUCGGCUCCCUGCAGACUCACAAAGCAAGGCUGCUGCGUGAUAGCUGGCCUUUUUUUAUUCUUUUUUUUGCAGAUGGUAAAUCUUGUAGACACAACUUUGAUACCGAUUUUAUUUUUUAUCAUUUUUAAAACAAUUUUAGGUCCUGUUGGUCAGACCUGCAGAUUUGACCUCAUUUCGCAGGCCAGAGAUUCAACUAACCCAAACAUCAGGUGUUCUGACGCAUGUUGACAUUUAGUCAUGAAAUAAAUAAAAAUGCAGGCUUUUCUCUGUGUUUUAACCGGUCAACAUUGUGUUCACAUCGUCCGGAGCGGUAACCAUGUCCGUGUUUGUCUCUUUCUCCAGAUGAAGUCAACAGAGGUGGACCAAGGGCUUUUCACAGACAGCUACUGCAAAGUGUGCAGCGCUCAGCUCAUCUCUGAAUCCCAGAGGGUCGCCCAUUACGAGAGUCGGAAACAUGCCAACAAAGUGCGUCUGUAUUACAUGCUACAUCCUGUGGAUGGAGGCUGCCCUGCCAAGAAGCUCAGAACAGACAAUGGCAGCGACAAGGGCGACGUGGACAAGAAUAAGUGCUGUACGCUGUGUAACAUGUCCUUCACCUCAGCAGUGGUGGCACAGUCACACUACCAGGGUAAAAUCCACGCCAAGAGGCUAAAACUGCUACUGGGGGAGCAGCCUGCCAUCACAACCAAAGAGGCGUCCCCCAGUCCUGUAAAGAGCUCCCCAGAAACGUCUCCCAUGACCUCCCCGCGACAGCACCGCGACUCAGACCGCUACUGCCAGCUAUGCAAUGCCUGGUUCAACAACCCAGGCAUGGCUCAGCAACAUUAUGAUGGCAAAAAGCACAAGAAAAAUGCUGCUCGAGCGGACCUGCUGGAGCAGUUGGGGAAGACCCUGGACAUGGGAGAGAUGAAAGGUAGGCAGCACUGCAUAUUCUGACACAGCACAUAUUCAACACAAUCAAUCAAUACAUAUAAAUACAUAUCACAGUACGGAUGUUUUUUGGCAACUCAAACAUGGGACUAUCAUCUACCGUUGGCAUGAAUGUUAAAGUUUCAUUUCUACCAACCUAAACUUGAAUAAUUACCUGUUACACAAGAAUACAAAAUAGACGUGGGCGACCGUGGCUAAGUGGAGAGCAGGGCCGUCCUUCAAUCAGAGGAUCGGCGGUCCGAUUCCAGACUCUGGCUCCGCUUGUUGCAUGUCAAUGUGUCCUU